AAACAUCCUUGAUCAUAUCACUAUCAUUUAAUGUUAAUAUUCGUAUUCAUUUCGCAAGAGUGAUAUCCUCUUUUAUGUUAAUUCAAAGACAGAUUUUUUUGUACCACUAAAAUAAGGAAUGUGAAGUUUUCUUUUGUCACUGUGAUCUAACAAUGUUGUUGUUCGGUUUUUAAGGAAAUUGACAAUUUGGUCUGGAAUAGGGUAUGAUUUGGGUAUGAUUAUAACGUGAACCCCUCAAAGUGCAAUGUUUAGAUAAAUCUUAAAUUAAUAUCACUUUAUCAAACAGACAGAUAACAUGGCCGCAAUGUACGUGCUGUGUGCUAUAUUACCAACGUGACAAUGUGAAUAAUUUUAUCAAAUUGAUGUCCGGAUGCCCUGCACACCGCACGUACUUUUCGUCAGGAUGUUGGAAAUCUACACGAACACAUUGCGUGUGAAAUAUUGCAAAUUCUUAGACGUUUUUUCGCUUUAUGGAAUCGCACAUUAUUAAGCUAGAUGGAACAAUCGUUGUUUCUCCCAGCUCAAAAUCUCCUGGAAACGAAAAGCUUUCUUUUUAAUUAUUUAAGCAACUUAAUUAGAGUAUGACCGACGUGAUGUAUUAAUAUGUUCCAGUGAAGUUACUUCCGAAAGGAUCUUGAACUAAGGAUUUAUGAAUUAUGGAGAUUCCGACCAACAUCACCGAGGACUUGGACAAUCAAGGCGACAGCACUACCCGAUCCUUAACGUUAACGUCACGGCUGACAGUGGAAAUGGGCAUUCUAUACUUAGGCUACCUCCUUCUCAUAUUGACGUCAUUGGUAGGCAACUCUCUGCUCAUUCAUAUCAUACGUACGAAACACUUUUUGAAGACAGCAACCAAUCGUCUUAUACUCAAUCAAGCAUGUGCAGACUUGAUUGCCACGUUGACCAGCAUGACAGCCAUGUUUAGUGAUUCCCUCUUUUUCAAAGAGUGGUUUGGUGGAAUGAACGGCCUGGUGACCUGUAGGGUCGCCGUUUGGGUAUAUUUUUUGCCACCGUUUUGUUCCGUAUGGACCCUGACAGCAAUUACCAUUGACCGAUAUUUUGGGGUAGCUCGGCCCUUGCAGUCUUCUCCGAUAACACGUCAUAUCCGGCUUGUUAUUAUGGGAUUGUGGAUCUGGGCAAUUGGGUCAGCGGCUGGAAUGGAAGUUAUGACACACUUAGCGUUCAUCGGCAGACAUGUUUUCUGCGUAAUUGAUUAUUCGCACGUUACGAUGAAUGUAGGGAACAUAACAGCGCUGUGUUUACUGCGUCUUAACUUUCUUGUACCUCUUCUGGCCAUGACUGUCCUAUACUCGAUCGUGUCUUACCGUUUAUGGUCACGUAAUCCACCAGGGGAAGGAACCAAUCACGACCAAAGACAAGUAGAAGUGAUGAAGACAGCCAAGAAAGUUUCCCGGAUGAUGAUUGUUGUUGUGGUUUUGUUUGUUUUGUGUUGGUGUCCAUUUCAUGUUUUUGUUGGUUUGUAUAGCUUACAUAAGAUCAGUUUGCCGUAUCCUGCACUUAAGUUUGUUGUUUGGUUGUCAAACGCUUACAGUGCGAUAAAUCCGUUAAUUUACUUUUCUUUUAACAGUAAUUUUAAGCUGGAGUUAAAGGUACUAUUUGGAAAAUGUUGCAAGAAGCCGAAGUGCUGCACAUAGCAUUCUUACACAGAUCUAUAUAUGUUUUUUUUCCUUGGUUCAAUUCCUUGAUUCGUAUGCCUUAUUUAAGUAUUAAAAAUCAAACUUAAACGACAUUUCACAGUCAUAUGUCGUUGCGUUCAGUCGAGAAAGCAAGAAGGGUAGUGUUAACUCUGAAUUACAAAUGCUUACCAAAUCUAGUUGUCCAACCUUUAAACUCCACGAUUAACUCAUUGACUGACCGAAUGACGGAUUGAUUGAUUGAUUGAUUGAUUGAUUGAUUGGUCGUGCGGACGGUGGGCAUAGGCUUUUCGAAACUUUGAGACAUAGAAAUACAUGAAAGUUUAUUAAUUUGUUUUCCUAAUCAAUUUUUUAGUACAUCAUUCUACGAGCGAUCAAUACUUUCUGUAGGUAGUUUGGAAUAAAUAAAUCUAUUUGCUGGGCUUUGAAAGAAUCAAACUAGAGCUUUUAAAUCCUAAAACUAUGCAAUCACAUAAUAUCCUUUCUUAGUUGACCUCGUAUCAAAUAAAAUCUAGUAAAAGAUGACAUGGACAAAAUAAAAAAUCAUAGAUAAAUAUUAAAUACACAAAUAUGUUUCGGAAACACUUACUAUAAAUAAACCCUAUAGCAAAAACUGUAAUACUACAACGCUUAUUGCACAAUGAAAUUACAUCAGAAUAGGUCUGACAUGUCAAGGUACUAACUGGUAAAACACAAAUUAAGAAAGAGACUUUUCAUCGCAAAUAUUCACUAGACCUCUAAGAAAACUUGCUCCUCAAAUCGCCAACAUAACUGAAAUGACCUGUUCAAAUAAGUAGACCCAAGUAAAUCUAAUCUAUUCUACAAUUUCCUUCCGCUAAGAAAGAACAUGCUAAAUUAAACUUGAACUAAAACUUCACAUCAUUCGAUAGAAACGAAGAACCUACCACACGCUUUUAACGAAAUAAGGUGCGAGAAAAUAGACUGUAUAUUUUGAUAAUCAAAAUGAAUAAUGCUAUUUUUUUUCUCUGUCUUCUAAAAGAGAAAAGAACAUUUCUCUGUGUUCCUAUCCAGCUGUAGAAGCAGUCGUGAAAGUUUGGGAGAACUCAAAUAAGUGGUGGCAACACUCACUAUUAAGAAACUGACUCGAUAUACCUAACGUAUAAGUACCUCAAGUUUUAACGCCCUCUGGACUAUGGCAAUAGAGUUAUCCUGCUGAAGGAAUAUCAGUCCCUUGAUAGUCUUUAAAUCUGAAAUUUGGAUGGUAUUCACAACUACACAAUACGCGUUAGCAGUAAUAUCCAAUCAAACACUCCACUCCACGAAAGUACAUGUACGUGGUAUCCAGCUUAAAGGAGCUACGUCACGGUUUGCACCAUCUUGAAAAGUUUAGCCUAAAUUUUUCAAGUUCGUCGUAUG